AUGAAUGAUGAAACUUAUGUUAAGCUUUUAAGAAGGCAUGCAAUUUCUGUUGUUGAAAGACAUUUGUAUAAUUUUUCAAACAAUCUUACAAGUAUUCAAGACCUGGAAGAAAAAGUUAAAGCUGCUUGGUAUUCAAUUCCACCUUUAUAUUAUCGCAAAAUAGUUAAUAGUAUGCUCUGUCGAGUAAAAGCAUAUGAUGAUGUUGAUG